CUCUUGCCUUAAGCGGGGAGAAAGCGAGGCGGUCGUUGGAAUCGCUGCUGAUGGAGCCGCCGGAGUGUCCGGUGUGUCUUCAGUCCUACGACGGCGCGUGCACUGUACCGCGCGUGCUAGCCUGUGGCCAUACGGCGUGCGAGGAUUGCCUCACGAACCUCCCGAAGAAGUUUCCCCACACGAUUAGCUGUCCGGCAUGCACUGUCCUCGUGAAGUUCCCAUCUCAGGGCCCAUCAGCUCUCCCCAAGAACAUCGAUUUACUCAGAUUGUUUCCUUCGAGUCGUCAGAAUUAUCUGAAACCUAGCCGGAAUUGUGAAAAUUUUGUUGACUUUGUCCCUCGAUCCUGGUCCGACGACUUCUAUACCAUUUGGAAGGAUCGGGUUCUUCCGUAUGACGCCAUUUCCGUGGAAGACGGCCAGAAUGAUGAUGGAGAUUCUGCUUCUUCGUCGCUGUUAUUUGGGUGUUUGAGGGAUGAGCAAAGGUUGAGUCUUUUACGGGUUGCUUCUUUCCAACAUGAGGAGACUGGUUCUGUUUUCAAGUACAGUUAUGUCAGAAAGAUGAUGGAAUGUUUGUUUGGAAUGAGAGAGGAGGCAAGAUAUGAGCUUGACGUGAUUUUGUCAGCGAAACAGAGGGGGGUAUGUAGAGUUUUUGGCUUGUGGGGUAAUUUGGAAGAUGGGUUGUUGUAUUUAGUAGGUGAGAAGUUAUCUGGAUUUUGUUUGGAUGAAUUUGAUAAUCUGCUUGAAGAUAACAUUCCGUGCUUUGCCGUGAUUGGUAUGCAAAUAUGCGAAACAAUUUUCAGUUUGCAAAAGGAAGGGGUAAUCACAGGCUGUUUGAGCUUUUCAUGUGUGAAGUUUGAUGGUUUUGGGAAUGCGUAUGUUGACUUGAUCGAGUUAUUGGAAGCUGGAAGAAACGUGAAUAGACUUGUUCUCGAAGAAGCUAGUCAGUGCAGUAAACCGAUCGGUCUCAUAGAAAUGGGGGCGAUAAUCCGUGGUUUACUAAAGAAGGGAACUUUUUUGAGCCCCGAGGUGUUGUUUGAAUUGUUGAAAAAACAAAAAAUCGUAAUAGCAAGUGCCAGCUCAAAGUAUUUGGUUUCUUAUAGCUCUGAUGUCUGGCCAUUGUGUUUUGUUCUACUCAAUUUUCUCUUUGGGAAACACUUUACUGAUGAGCUGUUUGAAAGUGUAGAUUGUGUGGAUACAAAAGGAAAUGGAGAGGAACUUGAGGAUUUUUUGGCACUACACACAGGUUUGACAGAGAAAAUACGUUUCCUGCUGGAAUCGAAACUUGAAGGGAAGUUUGAAUCACUGUGUAAAACUCUUUGCCGAUGUUGCAGUCUUGAUCUUCAUGCUCGACCAGUUGUGUCAGAUCUAUGGAGAUGCAUCAGGGAACUGAUUAUAAAUUCACGGUUUAUUUCUAUGAUUGGAUUCGAUAGUACAACUUCUGAUAAAGUAAAAGACAGUUGUUUGGUUAUUGGUGAAUUGAGCCAGAUGAUAAAAAAAAGAUCCAGCGAACUGGAACGAGAUGACUUGACUGGAGCAGAAAAUGGCAGAGGGGCAAACGAGAGUGAAGCUGAUACUGAUUUUGUUGGAAGACUCUCAGAGGGAAACAUAAAAUCUAAAGACAUGCAUGGACACCUGGACUGUGUCACGGGUUUAGCUAUCGGAGGUGGCUUUCUCUUUAGCUCCUCCUUUGAUAGAAACAUCCAUGUAUGGUCUCUGCAGGACUAUUCUCUUGUGCAUACAUUUAAAGGCCAUGAGGAUAAAGUCAUGGCUUUGGUGUAUAUUAAUGGAGAGGAACCACUUUGUGUCAGCGGUGAUAGCGGAGGAGGGAUAUUUGUGUGGAGCAUUAGUCUUCCUCUCAGGCAAGAACCAUUAAGAAAAUGGUGCGAGCCAAAAGAUUGGCGUUAUAGUGGCAUUCAUGCCUUGACAUUUGCUGAAGAUGGAUAUCUCUAUUCUGGAAGCGGGGAUAAGACUAUCAAAGCGUGGUCAUUGCAGGAUGGUAAACUGGUUUGCACUAUGAGCAGCCAUAAAUCCGUAGUUUCAGCACUGGUUGUAAAGAACAGUGUACUAUACAGUGGAAGCUGGGAUGGAACCGUUCAAUUGUGGAGCCUAAGUGACCACAGUCUUUUGGCAGUGUUGGGGGAAGAGACACCCGGCACUAUAAGAUCAAUAUUGUCUUUAGCUGCCGAUAAGCAAAUCUUCGUGGCAGCUCAUGAAAGUGGGACCGUAAAGGUAUGGAAAGAUGAUUCCUUUGUGAAGUCCAUCCAGAUUCAAAGUGGUGCAAUUCUCAGCAUUGCCUUGGACGGUAAAUGGCUAUUCACUGGAGGUUGGGACAAAACUAUCACUGUUCAUGAAUUGACGGGAGAUGAGAUAGCACUAGACUGUAAGCACGUUGGGUCCAUCUCGGGUUCUUCAGUAGUCACGUCUUUGUUAUACUGGGAAGGCAAGCUCUUUGUGGGGUUUGCAGAUAAGAACAUCAAAGUUUACUAUUACGGAAGCUGAAGGAACUUGAGUUUCUCAGAUUGUCCUGCCAGACCAUUUGUCUACAAGUUUGGGUUUCUAAUUAUUGGUGCCAUAUCAGAAGAUCUCAACACGUGUAUAUAUAUAUAUAUGGAGUGAGUUUGUGUAUCUAUACAUAUAUUAUAUAUAUAUAUAUAUAUGAAUCUUCUUCGUGUACGUAUAGAUAUAAAUCCAUAUCAGUGUCUUGUGCAUUUCAAAAACCAGAAAAAAAAAAGAGUCAAGAGUUCAUGGCUAAGGAGCCAAGAUUCCAAGCCCUCAUGUCUCAGUAAUCAAUUUAUAAAUUAUGAUUAAUAGUCUCAUGAUUUAUACAUCGGAUUUUCAAAGAUUCUGAUAAUAAUGAUAAUUAUAACAGUAUUCGCUGCUUAGUGUUUUUUUCCUGACAAAGAGAAAUGGAAAGAAGAAAGUGAACGAUUACAAGGAGGCAACACUCUGAACUCAAAACACUCGAAAAUACGAAACAAUAUAAUUAUAUACUAACAAAUAAAAAAAUAAAAAAAGAA